AAGCCCGAGCCCGCCUCCCCGGCCAGCGCCGCCGCUCGCCAUGGCCCCCGCGCUGCUGCUGGUCCCCGCGGCCCUCGCCUCCUUCGUCCUGGCCUUCGGCACCGGAGUGGAGUUCGUGCGCUUCACCUCCCUGCGGCCGCUGCUCGGAGGGGUCCCCGAGCCCGGCGGUCCCGAGGCCCGCCGGGGGUGGUUGGCUGCCCUGCAGGACAGAAGCAUUCUUGCCCCCCUGGCUUGGGAUCUGGCUCUUCUGCUUCUGUUUGUGGUGCAACACAGCCUCAUGGCCACCGAGAUGGUGAAGGCGUGGACAUCCCGGUACUUUGGAGUCCUUCAGAGGUCACUGUAUGUGGCAUGCACCGCCCUGGCCUUGCAGCUGGUGAUUCGGUACUGGGAGGCGGUCCCGAGAGGCCCGGUGCUGUGGGAGGCCCGGGCGGAGCCGUGGGCCACCUGGGUGCCCCUCCUCUGCUUCAUGCUCCACGUGGUCUCCUGGCUGCUCAUCUUCAGCAUCCUGCUGGUCUUUGACUAUGCUGAGCUCAUGGGCCUCAAACAGGUAUAUUACCACGUGCUGGGGCUGGGCGAGCCCCUGGCUCUGAAGUCUCCUCGGGCCCUGAGGCUCUUCUCCCACCUUCGGCACCCGGUGUGCGUGGAGCUGCUGACGGUGCUGUGGGCGGUGCCCACGCUGGGCACCGAUCGCCUCCUCCUGGCGCUUCUCCUCACCCUCUACCUCGGCUUGGCGCACGGGCUUGACCAGCAGGAUCUCCGAUACCUCCGGUCCCAACUCCAAAGAAAGCUGCAGCUUCUCUCCAGACCCCAGGAUGGGGAAGCAGAGUGAGGAGUAGCUCCGGCCCUCAGCCCUACACUUGCACCUCAAAGCCAACCCCCUCGGCAUCCAGGCCGGGCUCGCUGCACACAGGCUGGAAGCAAUGCUCUGGGGGAGGGCGGAACGACUGCCCCUUCCCCUGCUUGGGACCUCGGGUCUCGGUCCAGACUCUAGAUUCAGAGUUCCGGCCACCUACGUCCGGGGUCCGCUUCUCAGCCAUCAAGGAUGGGUACAGAGCUGCUUUUGUCUGAGGGCCUGCCUCGGGCGCUCGCUCCCCUGGCCCCGGGACACUGCCGGGAGCUGUGUCAGGGCCUGUCUGCAGGUGGCGCUAUCCGUGCCCCCACCCCACCCCUGCCUUACUCUCUCCACCUCCCCAGGUCCCGCCCUACCGCCCCGAGGUGCGUCUCCUACGGCGGCGUCUCUCGGUUUUAACUCGGGUUGACUCGGGGCUCGCUGCUCUCCCCGAGGAUAUGCGCUGCAGAAAAAUUAAAAUGUUC